AUGGGAAAGGUUGAGAAGGAGGAUAUUCGUGUGAAGGAGUACUUGGAUUCAGUGGGAAGGGCAAAGUGGGCUAGGCUUUAUUGUCCAGUUAACCGAGCAUGGACAUUAACAUCAAAUAUUGCUGAGUCCAUUAAUGCGGAACUCGUAAUUCCAUCAACAGAAUACUUGUGCAUGAUAAUUGAUGAAGGGAGGAGUUUCAUUGUUUGUAUUGAAAAGAAAACUUGCAGUUGCAAAAUGUUCCAACCCUGCCCCCAUGCUUGGGUUGUUCUUGAGAGGAAAAUUCUCACUGUCGACAACUACUGCUCAAACUUGUACAAACCAGAAACUGUGAUGAAGACUUAUGAUGUCCCAAUUUAUUCGUUACCAGAUCAGAGUGAGUGGAAUGUGCCUGUAUACAUUUCAGAUGAGGUAGUUUUUCCACCGAGGUACAUGAGACCUCCUGGAAGGCCAAAAAAGAAGCGCGAUAAGUCUUUAUCUGAAUUGUUUUCAAAUACACGUACAAACUCAUGCAGUAUAUGUGGACAUGCAGGGCACAAUAGGCGCUCUUGUAGGAAUGACCCUCAAAGAAAGUAG